GAAAUGGAGUGUCAUAUGCAGACAACACAAGAACACUUUGCGGCGAGAAUCGUGUCUUCCAUUGAUGCAUCCUUCUUUAUUCUCGGCCUACAUAAGCAUCAGAGUAGUCGUGGAGUUAUUUUUAUCUCUACAACAUUCCCCGGUAUGGAUGAGAGACGUCAGCUUAAAAAAAAAGAAAAGCUCGUUGACU